AUGAGAGUUUUCGUUUUCGGAUCCAUCCUGCUGUUAGCUUCAACCUGUUCUGGUUCCUAUUGGGGUCAAGGCUCCCAAGCAACUCACUGGGAUCACUAUGCUGUAGGACACAAGGCAUGGCACGGACCACAGCACUACCCGGUCAUUGUGAAAGGUGUUCCAGUCGAGACCCCAGAGGUUCAACACGCCAAAGCCGCUCACGCUGCUGCUCAUGAUAAGGUGUCGAAACAUGACCAGUAUUUACCAGCUCAUGAAUCCACCCACCACUACGCCAAGAGCUACUACAGCGUUCAACACGUUCCAGUGAUCAAGAAUGGAGUCCCGGUCGAAACACCAGAGGUUCAGCAUGCCAAGGCCGCUCAUGCAGCUGCGCACGCCAAGGCUGCAAAGUACGAUCUGUACGCACCGAUCCAUGGGGAUUACUACGGUAGAAGUUAUGAGCAUCACUAUGUUCCGGUAAUCAAGAAUGGCUUCCCAGUGGAAACUCCAGAAGUUAUGCAUGCAAAGGCGGCUCACUUCGCGGCCCAUGUUGAAGCAAAAGCAAGACUACACAAACGCUCAGCAUACUCUGUCCCACAGGCUUACGUUCCACUCGACAUACCGGAAGUAGCCGCUGCAAAGAUCGCUCAUCUCGCCGCUCACGCUGCGGCCAAAACCGGUUACGGGUCUCCAGCACCCCAGUAUUGGGAUCAUCAUGCUUCGGUCCAGAAGGCUUGGCAUGGACCUCUGCACUAUCCGGUCAUUGUGAAGGGUGUACCAGUCGAGACCCCAGAGGUCCAACACGCCAAGGCUGCUCAUGCCGCCGCCUAUGCGAAAGUGGCAAAUUCCGACCGAUACAUUCCGAUUUAUGAGGAUCAGUAUGCUAGAAACUAUGGUUCCUCGUAUGGUUCCCAAUACGUUCCCGUGAUCAAGAAUGGAGUUCCCGUCGAAACACCGGAGGUGCAGCAUGCUAGGGCUGUUUUCUUCAACGCCUAUGCCACUUCCAGUGCCCAAGCUAGAUCCCACGGACACGAUGAUGGUGAUGAUGGUUCCUACAAGCCAGAGUUGUAUCAUCGCCAGUACUGA